AUGGCGGACGAAGUCAGUAUCGACAAGACGCAAUUCCACACCCGCCUGUCGAAUCUGAUUACAGCGUGGAAGGCAGAUAAGCGCGGUGGCAACGCCCUGUAUGGCGACGUCGGCAGUAUUGUUGUCGUCGUUGGCAAGAGCGACCAAGAUGGCGUCUUCUACAAGGCAAACAGCAUGCAGUUUUGGCUGCUCGGCUACGAGUUUCCAGCAACGCUGUUUCUGAUCACGCUCGAGGCCAUGUACAUUGUCACCACUAAGAAGAAGGCGCAAUACCUCGAGGCUCUAAAAGACGGCAAGACCCCAGUCGAGAUCAUUGUGCGAAGCAAGGAUGCCGAAGAGAACGCCAAACAAUUUGAGCGCAUCAACGACAUUAUCAAGAACGCAGGCAAGAAGGUGGGCACUAUCGCCAAGGACCAGUCGACCGGACCUUUUGUGGCGGAGUGGAAGAGCGCAUUCGGCGACAUCAGCAAGGAGAUCGAGGAGGUUGACAUCAGCAUCGCUCUGUCGACUGCCAUGGCUGUCAAGGACGAGAACGAGCUUCGCGCGAUCAGAAAUGCUUCAAGCGCUUCUGCCUACGUGAUGAAGGACUACUUUGUGGAGACUAUGUCCGACAUCCUCGACAAGGAGAAGAAGAUCACCCACAAGGCUCUAUCCCAGAAGGUCUCCAAUAAGCUGGAUGAUGAAAAGUUCUUCCGCGGCAUGAAGGGCGUUGGCAAGUUCGACUCAAUGCAGCUGGAUUGGAGCGUGUCGCCAGUCGUACAGAGCGGAGGCAACUUCGACUUGAAGCUCCAAAAUGAGCCCGACGACAACAAUCUGCACCAGCCAGGCGUGAUCAUCUCAGCGCUGGGUCUGCGAUAUCAAACAUACGCAUCAAUGAUCGCAAGAACAUAUCUCGUGGAGCCGAACAAGCAGCAAGAAAGCAUGUACAAGCUGCUCUUGACCGUGCACGAGACAAUCAUCAAGGAGAUGCGAGAUGGCGUGAUCGCGAAGGAUGUCUACGCCAAAGCAAUCGGCGUGAUCAAGGCCAAGAAGCCCGAGCUCGUUGAGAAUUUUGUCAAGAGCGUAGGAGCAGGCAUUGGUAUCGAGGCGAAGGACAGCACCCUCAAUCUGAAUGCCAAGAACACGCGAACACUGAAGGAUGGCAUGACUUUUACGAUCACCACCGGAUUCUCCAAUCUCGAAAAUCCAAGUCCAAAGGAUAAGAAGCGAGACGGAACAUACUCUCUCAUGCUCAGCGACACUGUUCGUGUGACCAGCGGCAACGAAGCUUACUGCUUCACCAAGGACGCUCCUCGUGAUAUGGAGAGCGCAUCCUUUUUCUUCAACGACGAGUCAGAAGAAGAGAAGAAGCCCAAGGCGAAGAAGGACCCACGUGUCGGCGCUGUGGCAUCGUCGAAUAUAACAAAGACGCGAUUGCGAGCACAGGGCGGGACGACGGCGAACGAGGAGAAGGAAGCUGCACGCCGAUCACAUCAAAAAGAGAUCCACGACAAGAAGCAGAAGGAGGGGUUGGAGAAGUACCAACAGGGUCACGGCAACCUCAAUGGGACUGAGGAGAAGAAGUUCAAGCGCUUCGAAUCCUACAAGCGCGAUGCACAAUUCCCCAAUCGCGUAAAGGACCUGACUAUUCUCGUGGACCAGAAGAACUCCACCAUCAUUCUUCCAAUCAUGGGACGACCGGUGCCUUUCCACAUUAACACCAUCAAGAAUGCCACGACGAGCACAGAAGCUGGGUUCACGUACUUGCGUAUCAAUUUCUUGUCACCAGGUCAGGGUGUUGGCAGGAGAGAUGACCAGCCCUUUGAGGAUCCCACUGCACAAUUCAUUCGAUCAUUGACGUUCAGGAACAAGGAGUCCGAACGCAUGGAUGAUAUCUCUUCACAAAUCACCGAAAUGAAGAAGGCCGCGGUCCGCAAGGAGCAGGAGAAGAAAGACAUGGAAGAUGUCGUUGAGCAAGACAAGCUUGUCGAAAUAAGAAAUCGUCGGCCACACAGACUCGAUAACAUCUACAUGCGUCCGGCGAUGGAGAGCAAGCGAGUCGGCGGUGCUGUAGAGAUUCACCAGAAUGGUCUCCGCUACAACCACCUCGGCAACCAAAAGAUCGAUAUUCUGUUCAGCAACGUCAAGCACUUGUUCUUCCAGCCUUGUGCUGGUGAGCUGAUCGUGAUCAUCCACCUCCACUUGAUCAAUCCUAUCAUCAUUGGCAAGAAGAAGACCAAGGAUGUGCAGUUCUACCGCGAGGCCACCGAGAUGCAAUUCGACGAGACUGGAAACCGCAAGCGCAAGCACCGCUACGGUGACGAGGAAGAAUUCGAGGCAGAACAGGAGGAAAAGAGACGACGAGCACAACUCGACAAGGAGUUCAAAAACUUCUGUGAGAAGAUUGCCGAUGCAGGAAAGAGCGAGGGAGUCUCGGUCGAUAUUCCUUUCCGCGACCUUGGCUUCAAUGGUGUACCAAGCAGAUCUUCCGUGCUCGUCCAGCCCACGGCAGACUGUCUGGUGCAGCUCACCGAGCCUCCAUUCAUGGUCAUCACACUCAACGACAUCGAAAUCGUGCACUUGGAACGUGUUCAAUUCGGUCUCAAGCAGUUUGACAUGGUCGUUGUCUUCAAAGACUUCACCCGACCGCCGGCCCACAUCAACACCAUUCCAGUCGAGGCGCUUGAUGGCGUGCGAGACUGGCUCGACAGCGUCGACAUUCCAUUCUCAGAAGGCCCGCUCAACCUCAACUGGGCAACGAUCAUGAAGACUGUCAUUCAGGACCCUCACACUUUCUUCAAAGACGGCGGCUGGUCCUUCCUUGGUCAAGAGUCGGACGACGAAGGUGCCGAGGAGGAGUCGGAAGAGUCGGCGUUUGAAGUCUCCGAGGAGGAUCUCGCAUCAGAGGAGAGCUCUGAGGAUGAAUCCGACUUUGACGACGAUGCUUCGGCUGAGGCGUCUGAUGAGGACAUGUCCGAGGAGGACGAGGGCGAAGACUGGGAUGAACUGGAGAAGAAGGCCGCGAAGAAGGAUCGUGAGGGCGGACACGACGAAGAGGACCGCAAGUCGAAGUCGAAGGGGAAGAAGCGGUAGAGCAGACACGCUUGUCGUCAUUCAGCUAGCGGGUGCUUUGGCGUUGACAUUUUUCUUGGGCAAAAGCGAAAACGAGCUGCAGGCUAGAAUGCCACCAUAUGCUUGCUUUCUUGUACUUUAUUGAAGCAGUACACAGCCCAAGAGCACGAAUCACGAGCAUUUUGUGUAAU